AGAAUUUUUUCCAGGUCCCGCUCCUCGUUAUUUUCUUUUUUAUUUCCUCCCCUCGUGGCUUUCAACUCACGGCUCGUGGGUGAAAUAAUUUCCCGAGGGGCUGUUUUUCAAUUCGUGAAUGGAGUGAUGUACGCGAAAGUGAUAGCUGGUGUUGUGCUCGGGGCGGCAGCGAAAUGUGUGCAGGCAAAUUUUGCGGACCCGCACAAGGGUCACAUUCAUGCCAAGAUCCUCCACGUGGAUCCUCUGUUUAAUGGGAAGAAUUAUACGGAGUUGACGGCGGAUGAGAUCGAGAAGCUGAGCCCUGAAGACAAAUGGAGGUACGAUCAUGUGAAAAUGCAUGAUGUUCACAAGGGCCAUGAAGCCAUGCAUGCCAGCAUGGUGCUGGUAUUGUUCAUGACGCUGAUUGUUUGUCAAGUCGGGCUCAUCCAGUGGAGACAACGACAUUAUCGGUCUUAUCAGGCCGUGACGUUGUUGGGUAUGUGGCUAAUACCGUUAGUGCUGUCUGUGAAGAACCUCUGGUGGCGAUUCAUCGCAAUUUGGGUCGUGUUCUCCAUUCUGACCGGAUUGGUCAUGCGGAAAGCGAUGCAGAAACCGCUGUCUGGUACUACUCCCAGGAUGGUCUACAAGUGGUUUUUGGCGAUUCAUAAAGUGACGUGUGCCAUUGGCGUCUACCCGAUGCAGCUGCUUGUAGGCGUGAAUGAAGACGCUGCAUUGGAGAGGACAUAUCGUUUAUCUUGCAAUCAUGAAUUCCAUGAGUUCUGUAUUCGCGGGUGGUGUAUAGUGGGCAAGAAGCAAAUUUGCCCGUAUUGCAAAGAGAAGGUGGAUCUCAAGAGGAUGUUUUGCAAUUUUUGGGAGAAGCCGCACAUGUUUUUCGGGCAACUUCUAGACUGGGUUCGUUGGCUGGUCGCCUGGCAGCCGCUGAUCUUGACUCUAGUCCACGCAAUCAACUGGGCACUUGGACUGGAGUGAACCUUUUUACCCGCCGUUCAUUUACACAUUCCCUUUCCUUUUCAUGUUUUACCGCCUGAAAUGUGAAACUGUGCCUCUAACGCUGAGAAAAAAUUUCGGCGUUUUUGACUGGUGAAACGGUUUUUUUUUCGUUUUUUUUGAAUAAGUUAGUUGACGCUCAGGAAGUUACCCACUUACUCCAGUCAACUGGCUCUUCGAUUGAUACUCUAGGGGGGUUUUUUUGGGUUGACGAAGCGAGUAUUGGCUAAAUACGAACUGGGAGGAAUUUUAUGCGGAAAAUUAGGUUUUUUAAAAGUCAACCGUGAGAUUUUUCUGGGGACUAAUCGUCCUUCCCGGUAAGGAGCAAUUUUGUUUUAUCACAGAGCAAUAGGAUUCAUUUCCGUGACCAAACCGGUAUUGGCUAAACUCAGUCCUGGAAGAAUUUUGCGGAAUGGAAAGAGGUUAUUUCCGUGAUUUCUGAAAAUAAAAAAGCCAGUUUGUUUUAUCACAGAGCGCUCCGCAAAACGAGUGAUGGAUUAAAAAAAAAUACUGGGAUACAUUUUUUUUUUGAACCCAGUGAUUUCGUGCGAUUUGCUGCUUUUUUUUCGCUAAAAAUGCGAAAUUAUUAAUGUACUUUCCCAGCUGGUAUAUCGUGAUGUUUGAGGGCAGUCGUUUCAAGUUUUUGCGUUUUUUUGGAGCUUUGCUGGAGUCAGCUUUGUGAUCAAUGCUUGCUCGGAUUGAAAUUUCAGCUAGUGAGAGGCGUAUACAGUAUACAUAUAUUUCAGAAAAAUCUCGGUUCCAUUUUGAUUUUGGUUUUAUUCUGUGUGGACCUCAGUUUAUUUUAUUUUUUUUUGUAAAACCGAGGAAGUGGUGUAUUACCGUGGUGUUCAAGGAUAUUAUUCGAGUUCGGAACAAGUUUUUCCUUCACGAUGUUGCAUCUUGGGGAAGUUGGCGUCUGUUCACUGUUGAAAACAUGUGAAGGGUUUCUUGAGAGUGGAUGAAUAUGAAUGUUCUGAUGCUACAUUCGCGAGAACAUUUCCAAAGAAAAGGGACGCCAAUUUUUUUUUUCUGCGGCAAUGUAUAUUUUUUUGAGCCUCUGCCAGUUGAAUUCUGGACGGGAAUCUUGAAAAAAGUAAAAAAAAAAAUUGCACUGCUCGUUGCUGCUUGAUCCGUU